AAUGGAAGAUACAUCAACGGAAUAAAAUACACUUAUUAUUUUAAAUAUUUAUUAAUAAUUAUUACAAAAUCCAAGCAUUUUAGCUUAAGGAUAAAAAUAUUUAGAAGACUCUUUGUAAAAUAUAAAUAAUUUUGCCUCUAUUUCUGCCAAAAUAUUUGUAUCUAAUAAUUAAGAUUAGCAAACAAGAAUAUAUAUAGGAGCUUUACUAAAAAACCUAUUAAAAGAAAAUUGGGAAAACAAUUAAUACUUAGCUAAGCAAAAAAAAGACAUAAGAGAAAUUUUUUUAAAUGGAAUAAUAAUGAAUGUUGGUAGUUUAAGAAUAGUAGAAAUGAUAGCUUUAAUUAUUACUGAAAUAAUAUUAUAUGAUGGUGUUGAAUUAUGGGCAAAUCCUUUAAAAGAAAUAAUAUAAUGGAUAUCAAAUGAAGAAAUGAAAGUAGUAGAUACAGGUUUAGAAUUAUUUUGUACAAUUUUUUCCAAAGUAAACUAAAAAUACAACAGUGAAAAACUUCUUCCUGAAAAGUUUUCAUUUACAUUAAUAAUACCAGAAUUAAUGCCUUCAUUAUUUCAUAUAUUUGCAAGGCCAGAAGUAAAAAUAAAUAUAAAAAUAUAUAUAUAUAUAUAUAUAUAAUAUAUAUAAUAUAUAUAUAUAUAUAUAAAUAUAUAUAUAUAUAUUUCCAUUUAGUUAACUGAAAAACAAAGAGAAAAAUUAAUGGUAUUAUUAUAUUUAACUGUUAGCUAAUUCGCAUACGCAGAUGAUGUAAAUAAUUAACUUGUUUCUUAAUGUUUUGAUGAUACAUAUGAGGCAUGGAUGAAUUUAUUUAUUUCAGCUUUAAAAACAAAUCCGAAAACACAUAUAAAUAUGAAAAGAUAUAUUUUAAAAAUUUUAACAGUUAUAUAUAGAGAUUUUACAUAUUAUUCUAGAAAGUCAAUAGCUUAAAGAUUAUAACCUAUUUGGAAGUUUUUUAAUUCAAUAUUACCUUUAUAUAUUUGGACAAAUGUUUAUGGAGUUCCUUUAAAUUAAUUAGAUGAUAAUUUAUAGCCUUUAAAAGAUCCUUUAGAGUUUUAAAAAGACCCAAAAUAAUAAUAUGGAUAGUAAAAAAAUAAUGAAGGAGAAAAUUUAGAAAUGAGAUUUUUGGAAGAAGAGGAUGAAUAUUUAAAUGAAAUCGAAGGUUUGACAAUAAACUGUAUUGAAUUAGUAUCUACUUUAGUUACUAAAGAUACUUUAUAUAUGUUAAUUAAAUUAGCUGUUUUUCCUAUUAUAAAUGCAUUAUCUCAUUUUAUAUUAUUAACUAAAGAUUAAGAAAGACAAUGGGUAUAUGAACCUAACUAAUUUGUUAGUGACGAUGAAGAUGAAUAAAAUAUGAGAUCAAUUCGAAAUUUGGCCUUAUAAUUAAUUUUUUAGUUAAUUGAUAAAUUUGGAGAUAUAACAAUAUAGGCAUUAAUGAUUGUCGCAGAGAAAUUUAUGAUGAAUUUCGACGAGGCUCAUUCUACUUAAAUUAUAAAAAGUUAAUUUGAGAAAAUGGGUACUAAGGAAAUAAAACUAAAUGACUUUAAUAAUGAGAAAUUAAUGGAAUUUGUAAAGACUAGUAAUUUCGAUUGUGGAUUAGAUGAGCAUGCCUGGAAAAAAAAAGAAAUCGGAUUACUUUUAUUAGGAAACUUCUCAGAUGAUAUUAUAGACUUUUAAUAUAAACAUUCAUCAUCGUUUAAUAUUAAUACUUUAAUUAAAAAUUUAAUUGUAGAUAUUGAUAAUUAAAAUACUAUAUCUAUUCUUGUAGCUAAAUCUAUUUGGUGUGUAUCGAGAUUUUCAGAAAUUAUUGCGUCUAAAAAUAAUGAACUCUUCUUGCCUUUGUUUAAAGUUUGUACUGAAAGAAUUUCUUCACGAAAUGAAUUUCCUGUAAGAUUAACAGCUACUAAAGCCAUUGGAAUGUUUGCACAUAAAAUAAAUACUUAUAAAUAAUAACUUGUUAUUGAUAAGAAUUAAUUACUUUAAUAUGGAGUUGGAAAUGCUAAUAUUUUAUAUGAUAUUUUCGAUAUAUUAAAUAAUGUAAAUGAAGAAACUAUCCAUAUUGUAUUAGAUACUCUCGUUUAUUUAAAUAAACUCUCACCUGUGUACGCACCAGAAAUAGCUAAUAUAGGUUCUAGAAAAAUUCUUUAAGUUUUUACACUUUAACAUGCUGAUGUUCUUGUAAGUAAAAUAACACUAGAAUUAAUUACUCAAUUAGCUGAAAAUGCUUAAUCAUUUAUGAUAAUUUUUAGCUCGAUAUCUCCAUUUAUAUUAGAUAGCUUUUAACUUUUCUAAAACCAUAUUUUAGUUAAUUCAGAUUUAUCGCAAAUAAGAUAAUAUGAUAUAACUUUAAUGGCUAGUAUUUUUGAUGUCACUAGUAUUUUUGUUAAAAAUUGUAUCGAUAAUAAAGCCAAAGAAAGCUUAAUAACAUUACUUCCUCCUCUAAUGAAUCUAAUGGCUGUAAAUGAAGAAAGUGUACUUUAAUAACAUGCUUCUAUUUGCUUAAAAAACUUUUUAAAAGUUGCUGAUUAAUUUAUUUUAAAAAAUGGUUUAAUAUAAGAUGUAAUGAAAGUUAUAAUGAAAUUACUUUAAGUUUCUUAAAAUUCAUAAUUAGAAAGUGCAUCUACAUAUGCCGGAAAUUUAUGUAUGAUAGCAUUUAAUAAUUUAUUAGGAGGAUCCGCUGAUCCUGAAAUUUUACGAUAAAUUGUUUAUAAAGUAUUUAGAUCAAAAUUAGCCACUACAGUCUAAGGAUUAGUACUAGUUUGGGCCAGAAUGAUAAAUAAUAAUCCCAUAGAAUCUGUAAAUUUCCUGUGUUCUUUUUCUAUCGAAAAUAGACUCGGUUUAAAGGCUUUGAUAGAUAAAUGGCUUUUAUAAUAGCCGGUAUUUAGAGGAAAAUAUACAAAAAAUACUACAUUUUUGGCUUUAAGUAAGCUGUUUUUAUUAAAAGAUAAAAGAAUUGAAAAUUUAAUUGCUAUAGCCUAUAAUCCUUCACAUUAAAAUAUUGGAAAUGAUGUAAGUGCUCCUUUUAAAAUUUUAAGUACUUUAAUAAGAGGAUUAGAUAAUGAAAUGGCUCCUUUAAGAAAAGAUUAGGAAAAUAAUAAAAAAGAAGAAGAAAAUUUAUAAGUCGAAAAUGACGAUGAUGAUGAUGUUUAUAAUGGAGAAAAUAUGGAAUUUAAAGACGGAAAUGAAGAAAAAAUAGAAGUUGAUUUAAAUGUUAUUUAAGAUGAAGAAGAAGCUGAUAUUGAAAAAAGAUUUGCAAUAGGAGAUAAAAAAGGAGGUGGAUUAGGAGAAUUCGAAAUAGGAUCAACUAAUUAUAUGACUGAUGGAUUUGCUUUUGGAUAUGAUGAUGGGGAAGAAUGUGAUGAAACGACAGAAGAAGAUUUAUUAUAUUUAAAUGAUCCUGUUAUUAGUUAUAAUACGGCUGAUUUAUUGAAAAAUAUAUUUAAUGAAUUGUCUAAGUCGGAUCCUAAGUAUUUCGCGGAAUGUCUUAAAAAUUUGUUAAAAGAAGAUAUUGCGUUGUUGUAAAAAUAUGUCAUUAUUAAAAAUAUAGACACUUUGUUAUAAAAUUAAAGCUGA